AUGAAAUUUAUACAUGCUAAACUAAAUGUAUUACUGCAACGUUUAAAAUAUACGUGUAAAAAUCUUUCAGUUCACGGUCCAAGUUAUUUGGCUCGUAAGGACGUUCAUUUAGUUUGCAGGAUAAUUUAUUGCAUAAUAUAUGUGCAAGUUUGGGUUGUAGCAGUUGCCUCAAUUUACAAAUAUAUUUCCUCAUAUCAAGAAGAUACAAUACGUUUUACAACGCAGACGGAUUAUCUCGACUGGAAUACAACUGUCCCUUCGGUCACAGUGUGUGAAAUUGCCAAUUUAGACGAAAUAUUAGUGAAAUUGCAAAAGUUAGACAAACAAAGCAGCGAAACUAUAGUUUCUUUUGCAAAGGAUAUCGCUUUUUACACCGGCGAAUGCCCGAGCUGCUCUUUAGUAAACAAUUUUACCAUUCACAAUUUUUCGAAUUAUAGUUCUGCGUUCCGGUCCGAGUGCAAAGAUCUGUUUAUUAGUUGCACUUGGAACGACAAACCUUUGAACUGUUGCCAACAUUUCAAACCGAUUCAAACUGAAUAUGGACGUUGUUAUUCCAUAAAUAAUAACCAAAUUGGAUUAAUUCAAUCGCCGUACUAUGCUGCAUCGUCGAAUGCUCGUAAAUUGGGCACGCUUGAACUUAACCUUGCGCAGGAUUUUGAGGCAUUCCUUCAUUCACCUGAAGAUGUACCAUAUUGGAAUAUGGAAUUGGAUCGGAGAAUUUCAGUCUUACAUGGAACGGAGGGUUCCAUACUGUUCUCUGUCGUGGAUAUACUUAAUGAACCCGAACUUUCGUUCAUACCUCCUGAUGUUCGUCAAUGCAGGUUUCCAGAUGAAUCACCUGAUAAUAUCAAAGGUUAUCAUCGCUACAGUUACUCGGUGUGCAUCAUUAAUUGCCGCAUCGAAGCGCAGAUCGAGUUAUGCAAUUGCACUUCACAUUUAUCGCCUGAUGAAUACAAGGAAAGGUAUUGCGACGUACGAGGCUUGCAGUGUUUAACAAAGCACCAUGCAACACUGAAGAACCUCAAAGUACCAGGAAUGAAUGAAACUGGUUUGAAUUGCGAUUGUCUGUCGUCGUGCGUAGAGCCAGAAUACAAUACUGUGGCUAAGAAAUUAAUCGAUUGUGAGAGUAAUUUAAAAGCUAGAAAGGUCAAAUUGAUUUUAAGCAACCGACCCUAUGAGAGAGUUGCUCGACAAGUAGCUCGUACGGGACUAGAUUUGCUAGUUGCUAUGGGUAACUGCUUUGGGCUUGGUUUUGGUGGUUCUUUACUGUCUAUUGUAGAAGUUUGUUAUUACGUAUGUUUUAAACAAUGGAGAUACACAAAUGUAAAAUAG